UUAUCUCAUGGUGAGCUGCUGCUGAAUCCGACCCACAAUGGCCAGCGCUUCUGUCAAAGUGGCUGUCCGGGUGCGGCCUUUCAACGCCCGCGAAAUCAGCCGCGAUUCCAAGUGUGUGAUCCAGAUGCAGGGAAAAACCACCUGUAUCACCAAUCCCAAGCAGGCAAAAGAUGCCCCCAAGAAUUUCACCUUUGAUUAUUCCUACUGGUCUCAUACUUCUGAGGAGGAUCCCAGUUUUGCUUCUCAAUGGCAAGUCUACAAGGACAUUGGAGAGGAGAUGCUGCUUCACGCCUUCGAGGGCUACAAUGUUUGCAUCUUUGCCUACGGCCAGACAGGGGCCGGCAAGUCUUACACCAUGAUGGGCAAGCAGGAGUCCGGCCACCAAGGCAUCAUACCUCAGCUCUGCGAAGAUCUGUUUGCCCGCGUGAAUGAGAACAAAUGCCCCAACCUCUCCUACUCCGUGGAGGUGAGCUACAUGGAAAUCUACUGUGAGCGUGUCCGGGACCUCCUAAACCCCAAGAGCCGUGGGAAUCUGCGUGUGCGGGAGCACCCCAUCAUGGGGCCUUAUGUGGAAGACCUCUCUAAGCUUGCGGUCACCUCCUUUGAAGAUAUCGCUGACCUCAUGGACUGCGGCAAUAAAGCAAGGACUGUGGCAGCCACCAACAUGAACGAGACGAGCAGCCGCUCCCACGCUGUGUUCACCAUCGUCUUCACGCAGCACCGCCACGACGAGCUCACGGACCUGGACACCGAGAAGGUCAGCAAGAUCAGCCUGGUCGACCUGGCGGGGAGCGAACGGGCAGAUUCGUCUGGAGCAAAAGGCAUGCGGUUGAAGGAAGGUGCCAAUAUUAACAAAUCCCUGACCACCCUAGGCAAAGUCAUCUCAGCGCUGGCAGAGAUGCAAAGCAACAAGAAAAAGAAGUCUGAAUUCAUCCCCUACCGGGACUCGGUGCUCACAUGGCUGCUGAAAGAGAACUUGGGAGGCAAUUCCCGCACGGCCAUGAUCGCUGCCCUUAGCCCAGCUGACAUUAACUAUGAGGAGACGCUGAGCACCCUCCGUUACGCCGACCGCGCCAAGCAGAUCCGCUGCAACGCGGUCAUCAAUGAGGAUCCCAACGCCCGGCUCAUCCGCGAGCUCAAGGAGGAAGUGGCCAGACUGCGGGACCUCCUUUGUGCCCAGGGCUUAUCAGCUGCCACCUUUGCUGGUUCGAAGCCCGAUGACCCGGGAGGUGGAUCCAGCAUUCCCACCUCCCCUUUUGCACCCAUGGCUGAAUCGCCCCUUGCCCUCAAUGGGGAAUCGGAGCCCUACUCCUGCGCGGAGGACGAGAUUAUCUGCACUGAGGAGGCCAUGGAGAGGCUGCAGGAGACUGAGAAGAUAAUCGCUGAGCUCAACGAAACAUGGGAAGAGAAACUGCGCAAGACGGAGGCGAUCCGGAUGGACCGGGAGGCUCUCCUGGCAGAGAUGGGUGUGGCUCUACGGGAGGACGGGGGCACUGUGGGAGUCUUCUCUCCCAAGAAGACUCCACACCUGGUUAACCUGAACGAAGAUCCCCUGAUGUCUGAGUGCCUCCUCUACCACAUCAAAGAUGGCAUCACACGAGUUGGGCAGGAGAACGUGGACGUCAAACUGACAGGGCAGUUCAUUAAGGAGCGGCACUGCCUCUUCCGCAGUGUCACCACAGAGUCCGGAGAAGUUGUUGUUACGCUGGAGCCGUGUGAGGGUGCAGAGACCUACGUCAAUGGGAAGCAGGUGACGGAGACACUCGUGCUGAGAUCAGGGAACCGAAUUGUGAUGGGCAAGAACCACGUUUUCCGCUUCAACCACCCGGAGCAGGCGCGGAUGGAGAGAGAGAGGAACCCCCCCCUCGAGAGCCAGCCGGAGCCGGUGGACUGGAACUUCGCCCAACGGGAGCUGCUGGAGAAGCAGGGCAUCGACAUCAAGCUGGAGAUGGAGAAGAGACUCCACGACCUGGAGAACCAGUAUCGGCGGGAGAAGGAGGAGGCCGACCUUCUUCUGGAGCAGCAGAGGCUGUAUGCAGACUCGGACAGUGGCGAUGAUUCAGACAAGCGCUCGUGCGAGGAGAGCUGGCGCCUCAUUUCCUCGCUGAGGGAGAAGCUCCCAGCCACCAAAGUGCAAACCAUUGUGCGUCGGUGCGGCCUGCCGAGCUCGGGCAAGAAGCGGGAGCCGUUGCGUGUUUACCAGAUCCCGCAGCGCCGCCGGUUGGCCAAGGACCCCCGCUGGCUGACACUGGCCGACCUCAAGAUGCAAGCCGUCAAGGAGAUCUGUUACGAGGUGGCGCUCAACGACUUCCGCCACUCCCGCCAGGAAAUCGAGGCCAUGAGCAUUGUCAAGAUGAAAGAGCUCUGCCGCCUCUACGGGAAGCGGGACCCCAACGAGCGGGACAGCUGGCGGGCCGUGGCCCGGGAUGUGUGGGACACUGUGGGGGUGGGCGAGGCCGAUGGGACCGUGACCUACAGCAAUGCUGGUGGGGGGGCCUCCGAUGGCCGAGCCGGUGCCCCCGGGACUGACGUAGAUGACCUCCGAGCUCACAUCGACAAGUUGACCGAUAUCCUUCAAGAGGUGAAAAUCCAGAACAACAUGAAGGAUGAAGAGAUCCGCUCUCUGCGGGAUCGUGUGGUCAAGAUGGAGCGGGUUAUCCCCAUCUCUGCCCAGGAGGACGAAGACCUAGAGAACGAAUGGGGCUCCUUGCUGCUUGCCGAAGACCUGGCAGUGGACAGCGAAGCUGCGGAGCAGCCGGGCAGCAAGGAGGAGAUGGAGGCAACCUCCUGCUCUGACCGGGUCACCCGCCUGAUGGAGAAGGACCCUGCUUUCCGCCGUGGGCGCCUCCGCUGGCUUCGGCAGGAGCAGGCCCGGCUCCAGAACCUGCAGCAGCAGCAGCUCAGCCGGUCCCUGCGCCGCAGCCAGCCGCAGGGAACCGCGCCUGGCAAAUUCAUCCCCCCGCAGGACUGCAAGCUGCGCUUCCCCUUCAAGAGCAACCCCCAGCACCGCUACUCCUGGGGGCCCAACACUGCUUUCAUGGUGGGGGGCGGCGGCAGUGGGGAGAAGGAGCCGGGGGCCAGUGUGGAGGCCCCCCAGCCUCCGAGCCCCCAGCCCGCCCGUCGAGGCAGUCCCCAGCCCCAGCAGAAACGUGCGGCCCGCCCAGCCCGGCGCAACUCCCUGGAGGGCGGGCAUCGGGGCCGGCGCGGACAAGGCCAGGAGCAGUACCCAGCCCGCAAGCACAACUACUACCCCCGCCAGCACCAGCCCUACCCCCAGCACCGGCCCGGCAACCCUGACAGCGAAACCCCCCCACGCAUGCGCCGACAGCGAUCAGCACCCAACCUGCAGCAGGAGAAGGAAAGCACUGUGUAA